AUGGCCGAACAGGAACCGCACUCGCUCGCGUCCACAUUUCCCAACCCGCCUCCCUUCUGGAAAGACUUCACACCGGACAGAGUAGCGCGGAUCGACGAGCUACGGAGCGCAUUUGCCGGAGGCGCCAGCGACCAUGCCUCCUCGCCCGUUGUCCGCAUCCCCGGCUUGCCAGAAGAAUUGACGAACCUACAACCGCCCCCAGAGCCAUCGGACGGACGGUGGCGAGUCUUUGGCGACCAGUACAUGCUGGACGAUAAACUGCCCACCCUCGAAGAACAAGGCAUCACCAACCUGCCCACCACAGGCCUCUCCGACUCCAAGGACGCAAAGCACUACGACCGCGCAUUCGAACUCAAGAAGCUCGUCAAGUCUCUGCUCCUCAACUUCCUCGAGCUCGCCGGCACGCUGUCGCGAAACCCCGCCCACGCAGAAGCCAAGAUUCAGGAUCUGCGGACGCUGUUUAUCAACAUCCACCACAUCCUCAACGAGUACCGGCCCCAUCAGGCGCGAGAGUCGGCCAUCGCCAUGAUGCAGGACCACCUGGACAAGACGCGCAGCGAGACCGACGCCAUAAGAAUGCAGGUCGAGAAGGCAAAGAGCGUCCUGGAGGGCCUGGGGAAACUUGGCCAGGGAGACGUGGAGCUUGCUGGGGAAGAGGGUGCCGGCGAGGCGGGGGAUGAGACGGAAACCAUGAGGAUUAGGAGGGAGAUGGACUUGUGGGCCGCUGCGGAUGCCGAGUUUGCACUGUGA